CCAAAACGCAGACACGUCUCGCUCCUCACGCUCACACUCCCCUCAAUUCCUUCUCUAUAAAAACCCUAAACUCCCUCUCUCUCUCUCUCUCUCUCUGAUGAUCCGACUCUGAUCGGAGAGUGAUGAUGCGGAUGCUGAGGUCACAUAUCAGCAGCACCUCAACCUUGGAGUCCAAUCACUCCAAGGUUGGGCUCCGCCACAUUGUCACCGCCUGCAGAGCCGUGGUGCUGCCGCGCUUCGGCGGGCCCGAGGUUCUCGAGCUCCGGCCCGUCGUUGACGUCCCUGAUCUCAAGCCCAAUCAGGUCCUCGUUCGCACUCGCGCCGUCUCCAUCAAUCCGCUUGAUACCAGAAUGCGGGCUGGCUAUGGUCGUUCAAUAUUUAGACCUCUUCUACCUCUUAUUCUGGGACGUGAUAUUAGUGGUGAAGUUGUAGCUGUGGGAGCUUCAGUUAAGGGACUUACUUUAGGGCAAGAAGUUUUUGGUGCAUUGCAUCCGACUGCUGUGAGGGGUACUUACACAGAUUAUGCAAUUCUUUCAGAAGAUGAACUUGCACCGAAACCAGCGUCAAUCACACAUGUGGAAGCAAGUGCCAUUCCAUUUGCUGCGUUGACUGCUUGGCGUGCUCUGAAAGGUACUGCAAGGAUAUCCGAGGGGCAAAGGCUGCUAGUAGUGGGUGGUGGAGGAGCUGUAGGUUUUGCUGCAAUCCAGCUUGCAGUAGCAGCGAGGUGCCAUGUUACUACUACAUGUGGAAGCCAAAGUAUAGAUAGAGUACUGGCAGCUGGUGCUGAGCAGGCUGUUGACUAUACCAGUGAGGACAUGGCAUUGACAAUAAAGGGGAAGUUUGAUGCUGUUUUGGACACCAUUGGUGGGCAAGAGACGGAAAGAACAGGCAUAAGUCUUUUAAAGAAAGGUGGACACUAUAUGACACUUCAGGGUGAGGCAGCAUCUUUGACUGAUAGAUAUGGAAUAGCAAUUGGGCUUCCAGUAGCAACUGCUGUUUUACUGAAGAAACAGAUCCAGUACCGGUCUUCUCAUGGAAUAGAGUACUGGUGGACUUUCAUGAGAGCCGACUCGGAAGGGUUACAUGAGAUAAGAACGCUAUCUGAAGCUGGCAAGUUGAACAUACCUGUGGAGAAAACAUUUCCCAUUUCCCAAGUGAGAGAGGCUCAUGCGGCAAAGGAGAAGAAACAGAUUCAUGGUAAAGUAGUGCUUGAACUUGACUGAAGAUAUGACAGUUCUUUAUCUUAGUUCUCGCAGGGUGAUCACUCUAAUUUGCCUUCCAUCUAUGUUGGUUGAUGCUCUUCACCAUUUGUUUUGAUAGAGGUACUACAUUCUAGGUCUUCUUAGUGCAAUAAUAACCAAGAGUUGUACAGGGGUCAAAAGUUCUCCUUUUAUAUCCGGUCUGCAAUCUGUAAAUGUUCAGUGAAUUCAGUUAGAAUGUUAGAUCUUUAUAAUGG